GAGUUUUUUGCAAAAAUAUCGUGGAUCUAAAUAAUUUCGGAAAAAAUAUAUGCAGAGUUUCCGUCCGGUAUUUAAAUAUUUAUUUCAACAUUUCAAUGCGGUGUGGGCACCUGCAGCACACUGCGAGGGCCCCCUCUCGGACGCGCUUGUCGACCGGUCCCUUUAAGAGGCGCGGACUGCGGGGACUCGAAGUUCGUGGGGAGGUGCCGAUCUGAUCCGCCGCUCCAUUGGCCUUUGGCUCCGGGCGGACCCGGGACCCGAGGCAGCCCUUCUUCGGACGAGGCGAUUGGCUGCGGCCGAGGCUCCAUGCUCCUCCCCAGCCUGGUUUUCCUGGUUGUGCGGGCUGAAUGAGAGCAGGAAGCCGAGGCGGGCCUGGUAGUUGGCGGAUCGUUGGCAUGUUUGAAGAUUAACGAGGCUGUUUUAAAGCGCUGGUGUUGCGCUGCAUCCGGAGCCAGAGCCGAGGACAUGACGGAGAAACGCGUGUCCCGCUGGUACUUCGGGGGGCUCGCCUCCUGCGGGGCGGCGUGCUGCACUCACCCGCUGGACCUGCUCAAGGUGCACCUGCAGACGCAGCAGGAGGUGAAGAUGAGGAUGACUGGCAUGGCCAUGCAUGUGGUUCGCCAUGAUGGGGUUCUUGCCCUGUACAACGGUCUCAGUGCCUCCCUCUGCAGACAGAUGUCGUACUCCCUGACACGAUUUGCCAUCUACGAGACGGUGCGUGACAAAGUGGGAAGUGCCAACCAGGGCCCCAUGCCCUUCUACCAGAAGGUUCUACUGGGGGCUUUCGGAGGUUUUACCGGGGGUUUCGUCGGGACUCCAGCAGACAUGGUGAACGUCAGGAUGCAGAAUGACAUGAAACUGCCCCCAGAACUGAGAAGAAACUACGCCCAUGCGCUGGAUGGCCUCUACCGAGUUUGGAGAGAAGAGGGUGUGAGGAAGCUCUUCUCCGGAGCUACCAUGGCCUCCAGCAGGGGAGCUUUGGUCACAGUAGGGCAGCUUGCCUGCUAUGAUCAGGCCAAGCAGUUUGUCCUGAGUACCGGCAUCAUGUCUGACAACAUCAUCACCCACUUCCUCUCCAGCUUCAUUGCUGGGGUCGCCGCCCGCACACAGUGCCAGGGUGCCUGGGGUCUCUCUUGAUGAGUAAGCCCUGCUCUGUUCCAGGGCCUGAUGCACUGCCUGAGGGACACGGCCCGGCUGGGACCCCUGGCCUUCUACAAGGGCCUGGUUCCGGCCGGCAUCCGUCUCAUCCCUCACACCGUGCUGACCUUCAUCUUUCUGGAGCAGCUGCGGAAACACUUUGGCCUGGUAGUCGUUACCUGAGCCCCGGGGGUCCACACCGGCCAUCUCCCGGCUCCCCCCCACCCACUACUGACCAUUCCCACCUUGGUGGCUCCACCGGCUUUCCUAUCUCCAUGUCUUCCUCUUCCUGGAACCCGAGCAGUAUCCCUACCACAGGACACCCCUGCUCCCCUGAUGGUUAGGGCUGACCAUGUGACCAGACCUAUCGCAUAUCAUUUGAUUCCCAGUGUGUUCUGCUGAUCCCGCUGAGCCAUGAUGGCACAGGAGACGGACUCCUGCUUGCUGAGACGAGCCAAACCCCUCAAUCCAGCUGUGAAAGGGGAGUGUGCGUCUCUGAUGUACAGGAGUGCUGUGUUCCCUCACACACACACGCACCUCCCCCCAAUGUUACUCCCUAUGCAGGCUGGUGCAGCCCCAAUCUGGGCCAGCCUGCCGUUUAAUCUCUGUUUGAAUAAAGUGCCCCGUCCCUGUGCCCCGUCCCUGUGCCCGCCUCCGUCCCUGUGCCCAUCCCUGUCCCAGUCCAUGUGCCCGCCUCCAUCCCUGUCCCAGUCCAUGUGCCUGUCCCCAUACCCGCCUGUCCUUGUAUCCAUCCCUGUCCCUGUUGCUCAUCCCUGUCCCUGUCAAUGUUCCCAUCCUCAUGUCUGCCCUCCUGCCUAUUCCUGUCCCCAUGCAUGUUCCCAUCGCUGUCUCCAUCCUUGUCCCUGUGCCUGUCCCCUGUACCUGUCCCUGUUAGGAGAUGAAAGGACAUUGCAGGUGAAGAUCAGUUUAUGCGUAAUUUCUGUGCCAAUGUCUACAGCACAAAUUGAUUAUAAACUGAUUAUCUGGAAAAGCCAGUCAUGACUGUCCAGGGGCCGUAAAAUGCAAAGGAAUAAUUUAGUACUUGAAUAAUUUAUUAUCAUUCAUGUUGUGGUCAGAAUUCAAUUCCCCUACUGAAUGACUGUGAGCUCACACUGAAAGAAUGAAUUACACGCACUGUGGCCAUGUAGGGAACAGCAGACAAUGGCUCAGGUAGCUGGUAUGGCUGUUAUUUAACCCCUAAAGUCCUGCCCACCCCGGGGGGGGGGGGGGGCCUCAACCGCUGGUGGGGAUUUCAAAAUGGGACGAUGUUGACUGUAACCGCUGAGUGUGUUUAGGGGGAUAAGAACUAAAAACAAUGAGUAGUGAUUGUUCUUAACAUAAAAUGCAAGAUUAAAAAUGUUGCUUUUAGAAUAAGAUUUAUAUUUUACACAUUGCAGGUGUUCCUAGCUUUCGGGUGUUCUUAUGUCGUUUUCACAUUGCGGCCCAUAGGGGGCAUCUGUCCCUGUAUUUUAGGUGAUUUCACCACCAGCUGGUGAUGCUAUGGGAACAGCAGUGUCCAGAAAGGCUGAUGUUGACGUGUGUAAGUGUGAUAGUGUCAAGAUUUAGCACUCAAGCCUUAUUAUUUUUAUAGCAAAGUCUAAUUUAGAAGUAAUGUGGGGCAAAAAAGUCACAGGUUGCUACUUUAUCUUGUUCCUUGGUCACAGCAGCCGAAAGAGAUAAAUGUGAACAUUUUCUGUACCUUAGAGCUUGUAGAUGCCAGUAAGGUAAAUGUCUUCAUAAUACUUUUAAACACAGUUGUACUAUCCUAUAAAUCGGUACAGUGUCGAACCUUGGGCGGCCGCAGUGCUGUGGGAGUUCGCUAAGUCGGCUCCUGCUGGUUGGAUUUCUAAAUGGCAUUUGAUAUUAAACAUGUUUGUUUUCCCUGUGCUCACCUUAGGCAAGGAGCUUUGGAGUCUUGUUGAUUAAUUGGAGUUUCCCUUAGUUCAGCAGUAACUGUACCUCCCUCAUGCCGCUCAUUGUUUAAUACAUUUUCUUUCUCAAAUCAUUAGUCUUUUUGAAAAUGUUUUAUUAAAUGUUUCAUACCUUCUGCUGGGUGAACAGAGAGACAGAAGAGGCUGCUUACUGUGCUGGUAUUUUUAAUGUCCUUUUAGCUCAGUCUUUGGGAAAUAAAAUUUUAGUGUGAAAGUGCC